UCGGCGUACGCCACGCUCUUCUCGAUCAUCGGCUUGGUGAUCCUGUGUGUCGGCAUUUAUGCGGAAGUUGAAAGACAGGCGCACCGGACCUUGGAAGGGCUCUUCCUUGCACCAGCCGUGAUUCUCCUUCUCCUGGGCAUCACCAUGUUUGCGGUUUCCUUCAUUGGAAUGGUGGGCUCCCUCCGAGACAACCGGAUGCUGCUGAAAACGUUCUUCUGGGUCCUGCUGGCAAUCCUCGUGAUGGAGCUGCUGCUGCUGCUGAUUGAGAUCCUCUUCGAGAAGCAGAUGAAUGCAGUGUUUCAUUCCAGCAUCCAGGAUGGGAUCAGGCACUAUUAUGACGACUUAGACUUCAAAAAUAUUUUGGACUUCGUUCAGCAAAAGCUCUCCUGCUGCGGGGGGGACGACUUCCGCGACUGGCACGUGAACCCGUACCACUCCUGCAAUGGCAGCAGCCCCCUGGCGUGUGGGGUGCCCUACACGUGCUGCAUCCAGAAGGACCCGGGAGGAGUAAUCAACACGCUGUGUGGAUACCGGACCCUCAACAAAGAGCGCCUGGAACUGGUGGGCACGAUCCAUGUGCGUGGCUGUAUCCAUGCGAUUGGCUUCUGGCUUAAGGACAAUUUUGAAACCUCUUUUGCCAUUGUUUUCUCUUUGCUCUUUCUCCAGGCCAUAGGCUUGAUAAUGGCCUGGUUCUACUGGCAGAAGCUCAACGAGAUUCACUCCAGGCUGGACACCGUGGACUUCAAGGUCCUGAACUUUGGCGAUAUCGACUUUGCCACCCUGGACCUCAGCGGGGCCGGCUGGUGCUGGUGCUUGCCCCGAGAAGGCGGCUACAUUCCUGUCCAGGACAGAGAGGACGACGGGGUGGGUGAUGCCGUCUACCCAAGUGGAGUAUGCCCUUCUGGGGCUGUUGAAUGACUGGCGCCGAGAGGCCUGGGGCAUCCACGGACUCAGGCCGGCCGGCCGGCCGGAGGGCCUUACCCUCGUGUUUUGCAAAGCCGUCGGCACAAGGGGCGCUCUCCUCGGCUUUCGGGAGGAAGGCCGCGUGUGCAGUUGCGUGAUGUUCACGUUCAGGUAGUUCUUUCCUGAUGUUAAAGUUCUACUGUGUUUUGUAUUCUCCGAAAUAAAAAUCAGUUUGUCCUUG